AUAUCAGGCUGAGAGUCCGUGCGGAAUAUUGUCAGCAUGAAGGCGCUCUUCAAGGAAACAUAUUCUCAAACAAAGCUGAGAAGAUAGAGCAACAGUUUGAAAAAUUCACGCAAGCAAGCACUAUAUUAAAGUCCCGUGAUCUGGGAUCAAUAAUCUGCGAUAUCAAAUUCUCUGAACUAACAUAUCUUGAUGCCUUCUGGAGAGAUUAUAUUAACGGAUCUUUACUGGAAGCGCUGAAAGGUGUCUUUAUCACCGAGUCGUUAAAACAAGCUGUCGGACAUGAAGCAAUCAAAUUGCUUGUCAAUGUUGAUGAGGACGAUUAUGAAGCUGGUCGGAUGAAAUUGUUGAAGAACCUUACUCAAUGAUACAAGUGGAUUUGUGUAUGUCUCAUUGGCUUAUUGCCAUGGUAACUGCUAUGGAAGUGAAGUGGUUUUUCUUCUUCUUUACAUGAAGUUUUGCGAUAUCAUGCAUAUGACAUUUUUUGCAAAAUAUUUAAUUUGAUACGUUUUACAGGUAAUUUCAGAAUCACCUUGCUGGGCAGUUCUAAUUGAUACUGUUCUGCGCAGACCCAGUUGAUACCAUUCUGGGCAGACCCAGUUGAUACCGGACAAUCCCAAACAACUUUUAAUCAGAUGAUUACUUUUUGCUUCAGUAAGACAAUUUUCUUUUUUUCCCUGAAAGAGUAAGAUAAGUAUUAUUGUGUUCUCAUGGAAUCAAUGGAUGAUUUUCUAUAAUAGAAUGAAUGUGGAAUAAUUACCUGUUCACUGCUAGAUACAUGACAAACAGGACAAAGAAAUGUCCAUAGCGUCAAAACUGUGUUCCCACACUUAAUAUUGUACUAUACAUAUUUGAUGAAUCAUGGGUAUCGCAAUAUCAUAAUCACCUCUGAAAGAUGUAUAUUUUUGACAUUAAACUAUGAA